AUGAGCUCUAAACAACGGCGAAUGGACCAUUCUGAUGACGAAGGCACUCACCACAGUCGUGAUAAAUUUACGCGUGAACGUAGAAGUAGUCUUGAUCAUAAUAAUUCGUCACCAGAAGAUAGAGAUACAGCGAACUAUUCAGAUCGACGUUCUAAAAGGAGACGGUCCAUAUCGCCCGAUUCAAGGAGGCCACAACAACUUGAAGGAGACCAUUACAUUCCUAAUUAUGAGAAGGAUGGUUAUACACCUGCCCCAAGAUACGUUGGCAGACCAGGGGACAUGCGAUUUCCACCGCAUGGGUUCCCAGUCGGUUUAUCACUUGGGCCAGCGCCACAAAUUAUACCCCCGGGCGGACCUCUCAUGGCAAUGGAUUGGACGGGUCCUGGAAGACAAGAACCACUGAAGGACCCCGAUCAACUUGAUUUUUUGGUGACAUUCAAGUAUUAUGCCGAAUUCCUUCAGGUGUCAAAUCAAAAAACACGAUACACUGAUGAUGACUUACAUAAAAAAUAUAAUGACUAUAAAGAAGCUUUUGGUAUUAAACAAUUGAAAACCUUUUUUGAGGCCCAUAAAAAGGAAGAAUGGUUUCUUGAAAAAUAUCAUCCAAAGUAUAUGGAGCCAAGGAUAGCAGCAACUAAGGAAUUAAAAAAGAAAAAUUAUCAAAAUUUUAUCACAGAUUUGAAAAGAGGUCUUUUAGAUAAUAUUGUUAAUGAUGUAGAAGAAAAUAAAGAAGAUACAAAGACAGAUGAAUCCACUGCAGACAAAACCGAACAGGACGAAGAUGCUAAUAGACUUUUUAUAAAGAGUGUAUCACCCAAUAUUUCCAGACAAAAAAUAGAAGAAAUGUGCAAAGAAAUUCCCGGGUUCAAAUAUCUUGCUUUAUCUGAACCUAAUCCUCAAAAAAAAUUUCAUCGUCUGGGAUGGAUUGUUUUUGAAGAAGGAUCUGAUAUGGACGCAGCAUAUGAAAAACUAAAUGAACAGAAGAUUGACGAAUUCGUUUUUUACCUGGCUCGCCAUAAAAAUCAAACUGGACCCGUUCGUAAUCGAACCACUCCGGACGCUGCUAAUACUCUUGAAAGGUUGAAAAAAGAUUUGGAAAUGGCCAUUAAGCUUUCAGAGAAGCUUGAUAAAGAUGUUGAUAACACAAUGACCGGAAGUCAGCAUAUCAAACAAAGACUCAUAUUAAUUGACGAUGGCCAUCGGCGUGAAGAAAUAAAUAACGUUAAGAGAAUAUUGGAUAUUCAUAUUGAAUAUUUACGCAGAACACAUCUUUUUUGUUAUUAUUGUGGUUGUGAAUCGGAUUCUGUUGAGGAACUUAACAGAAAAUGCCCUGGACGUCAUCUAAGGAGUUUACCUGGAAGCAAUGAUGUGAAAUCUGCCGGAAAAUCAUUAAAAGAAAAACAGAUUAACGCUACAACGUGGUUGAAAACUUUAGAUAAUAAAAUUAACUACAAAACAGAACCAUUGAAAUAUGAAAACGAAGUUGAGAAGAAUGGUGGACUAAAUAUUAAACAGGUUUUGGAAAAUUUUUACAAUGAAAAUAUUAAUGAAGUUGAGCCCGGUCGUAAGUUCAAAUGCAACCUAUGUAGUAAAUUGUUUAAAGGCGCAGAUUUUGUUAAGAAGCACAUUGAUUACAAACAUCAUAGUACUGUCGAGACGACGAUGAAUGAUGCGAAAUUUUAUAAUAAUUACGUUCUUGAUCCAAACCACCUUCUUCCUACAACUCCACCUAAUCCUACUGCUGCACUUGUCCCUCAAAGCGUUACACCCAUUCCACCUAACCCAUUUCCGGUUAUGGCUAAUGCGCCACCCCCACCGUUCAUGAAUUUCAGUUUUCCUAUUAUGAGCGCUGCUGCUGGAACUCCUCAUGAUCAAAUUCCAAGGAUUGGAUUUGAUGGAAGAGACGAUAGCCGAGAACGUGGCUCCAGACAAACUUCUGAUUCAAGAAGACAACCAUCUAGACCUAAUGAUCUUAACGCGGGUUCGGAUCCUCGCCAGGUGAAAUCUUAUGUUGACCUGGAUGCACCUGCUGAAGGCGAUAUUGAAAUUAAAUAUUGA